AUGGUCCUAGUUGAGGAGCUCUCCUACGUACCAACAUCACAUGGAGAAGACGAUGAUGUAUCCUCUUAUGAUGAUGAUGACGAUUCAUUAACCCCAUCUAUAGUCUUCGACCAAAUCAUGGGACCCACAGUGAUGCUUGCAUCCCACGAGCACCCUUUCUACAUACACGGUAGCAGCAACGGUCACUGCGACGGAUGUCCAGAACGUAGAGACAACGGUUUCUUUGGCUACAGCUGCCCUACCUGCGACUUGACCGUCCACAAAGAAUGUGCUGAGUCAUCGCCAGAGAUUAACCAUCCUUCUCACCAGAGACAUCCUCUCACGCUCUUCAAACAUGGCCUACCACUAGCUGCCGCAGACGAUAAGUGUCGUCUAUGUGGAGAAAAGCUUGGAAAAUUAGUAUACCAUUGCUCCAUAUGUGAUUUCAGCAUAGAUCUUUAUUGUGCGCGAAAUCCGCUUGAGUUAGUCGUUCACUACCCCAAAGGUCAUGAACAUAUCCUCACUCUCAUGCCAAGGCUCAUACGCUUCACUUGCAAUGCAUGUGGUCUUGAAUCCGACCGAUCUCCUUACGUUUGUCCUCAGUGUGAUUUCAUGAUCCAUGAAGACUGUAUCUACUUGCCGCGCGUCAUAAGCAUUAUACGUCAUAGACAUCGCAUCUCUCGCACUUAUUUUCUCGGCUCUGGAGAUUGGACUUGUGGAGUUUGUCGAAGAAGAGUUGACGGGAGAUAUGGGGCGUAUUGCUGCUCUAUUUGUCCAGACUACGCGGUUCAUUCAAAAUGCGCCACGAGAAGUGAUGUGUGGGAUGGGCGAGAGCUUGAGGACGAGCCAGAAGAAAAUGAUGAAUGCGAAGAGCCCUUUUGGGUUGUGACUGACGGGGUGAUAAAUCACUUUAGCCAUCGAGAACACGAUCUACGACUUGAGGAUGGUCUUGCUAAUAUCCAUGGCGAGCACACUCGUUGUAAAGCAUGCGUUCGUCCUGUCUAUUCUAACUCAUUCUACAACUGUAUGCAUUGUGAUGAUUUCGUUCUGCAUGAAACAUGUGCUAACCUUCCUCGAAAGCAACGACAUGUGCUUCACAAUCAUCAACUUACUUUGUACAAUGAUGAUAGCAUAGUCAUGGACUUCCCAAGUACUCGUGGAAUAUUCUUAUGCUCUGCUUGCGACCGACUAUGCAGUGGUUUCAGGUAUGAAUGUUGCAAUAUCAAGUUAGAUGUACGAUGCGGUUCAAUAUCCGAACCAUUCUUCUACGAAUGCCAUCCGCAUCCUCUGUUCCAAACUUCAAUAGGUAGCAAGAUAUGUGUGGUUUGCAAGCAAGAGUCGGUUUAUGUUCUUUCUUGUAUGGACUGCGAUUUUGUUUUAGAUUUCAAGUGUGCUACCUUACCAAAUAGGGUAAGGUACAAAUACGAUAAGAAGCCUCUCAGUUUAUGCUACGAUGGAGACAAGGACGUGACAGGUAGCUACUGGUGCGAGAUAUGCGAGGGAGAAAUGGAUCAAAAGAUAAUGUUCUACACUUGCGAAAGUUAUGGCUCGACUAUUGAUAUUCACUGCGUACUCGGAGACUUCAGGUAUGUGAAGCCUCGACUGCAGUUUGAGUUCAAUGGAAAAAAAUGGAAAGUGGCUUUAAAUGGUAUAAAUCGACCAGGAUGUUACAAGUGUGGCUUUCGUUGCAAAGGACCUUUUGUUGCAGUAAGGGUAGGCUAUGAUAAUGGUGUUGUUUGUUCUCUUUCAUGUUUAUGGAAAGGAGAUACUUUCGAAUUUAUAAGAAGAAUAGACUAA